AUGCCCCCCUACUCGCCCAGGCCGACGAGCAACACCAUCUUCUAUGCUCCUGUUAGUCCUGCCAUCCCCAGUCCGCGUGGAUGGCCGCAGGCUGAGGCCUUCGACCCGUAUUCUCCGCUGGCGACCGAAGGGGCCCAUCCCGCGAGUGUUCCAUUACUGAAUCAACGACGCCAAACGACUUCGAUACCCGCUCCGGGAGGACCUCGCCCAUUCCGCCAAAAUCCUGGCAACCGACCUCAGUAUAUACCCUUGCGAGAUUCCCACUAUGACGCACCAAUUGACGACAAACUCAAGCCACCUUCUUCUGCGUUGACGGACACCUCGUUUCUCAAUACCCCUUCCGAUUCAUAUUUUCCCAACCGACCAAAUUAUCGACACACCAGAAAACACCCAUUUUCCUCCUCUUUCGAAGCGCCGAAUUGGAAGAUCAUCAUCAUCCAUGUCGUUCUAUGCUUACUUGCGUAUCCGGUCAUGAUGAUUUUCGUACUCCUCGCUCGCGACAGGACCCUGUUCUGGACGCGUUUGGUGGUUGGUUUUGGGUGUGGUUUGGUAGGGGUGUCGCUAGGGCUUAGCUUGCUCAAUCUUGGGAGGGCGUUGUUGGAAGCUGCAUCUUGGGCAACGCUUAUCCAUCAAAGUCGCGAUUUGAAUCAGCCUGGUGUGCGGCUACGGGAUCUCGCAGCUACAUCGGAAGACUCAGCGAGUGCGUUGACUGCGUUCCGUGUCCUGCGUACUAGGUGGUCAUAUAGUGGUACUUCUCGAAGACAGCGCUCAGGAUACGAUUCGCGAUUCUGGUCUCUGUACAUUGUCUACUUCCUCUUCCUCGUCCUCGCGGCUGCUAGUCUGUCCUUCGUACUUGGCAGAAUCGUUGGGAUCUCCACUUCCGUUUCUCAUCAAUACAUCAAUUAUCGAGAAGUUCCGGUCAAGGGGGAUCUGUCCGAUGCAGAUUUGGCACGCGCAGAUGUGUUGCAGGCGGAAUUCAAUGAUUAUUCCAUCACCUGGACGAUCUCCCCGUUUUCUGAACAUGGAGGGAUGCCUUCCACGGUAUCGUUUCCGUGGGAGGGUGACACGGUCUAUUUUUCGGAGAGCAUACGCGCGCAGUUCCUGCCUAACGGAAGCGGCUUCGGACGCUUAGACAGCAAUAUAUCGCUGCCUUUGGUCGCGGUGGCAAAUUCUACUGAAGAAAUGCAACGUGCGGCUGCUACAACGGUCGAUUCCGGGGCCCUCAUAAGGUACCCGAGAUGGGGCAUCCGUAUUCACUGUCUCAAGGCUACCGACCCAUCCAAUAUAGUAGAGCGUUCUGCACUGAAUCUGUCCUACCUCUUCACCCCUCGCGAAACCCUUCGGGAGCUGUUUUCAUCUUUUCAAAUGCCUCUUCCCGACCUCUUCGAGAAGCCCAUCAACUUGACGAGGAAUUUGGCCCCAGGUGACAAUGUUACUGGUGUAAACCUCGACGAGGCUGCUCUUGGAGCCGCUUUCUACAAUAAUGGUGUCGGGCACAGCAUGAAGAGCCAACCACUCUUUGGCAUGGGUGCGGAUGGUACUGGGUUUGUGACCCUCGAGGCCGUUCUCGUCAGGCUGAAUACGAGCUACACGCCCGAAGGAAAGUUUCUUUAUUACAGUCAAGGUCCUGGGAUACCUGAUGCGACUGGGGCGGAGACGAAAAUCGGAUUCGAUGGUGCCAUGUGUCUAGAGUUAUACGAGCCUUGGGUUGUUGAAACGUACAACUCAACCUAUGGGUCCCCCAGCUCAAUGAAGAUCGUCAGCAAGACCAACCAAGUCAUUGACAAUAUGGACAAGGAGACGAGAAAGGGGGACAAGAUCAAGAACAUGGUCCGUCAGCUGAACUCAACUCGCAUGGGUUCCAUAUACGAAGUCGCGCAUGGUAAUUCGGUGAAUCAAAUUAUCAAGGACAAUGGACGCGACUCGUUCUACGUGCCAUCACCCACGGUGGUAUCUUUCUCCCAGAGCAGCAUCGAAGGAGGCCGCCCGAGUCGGGGCUAUACUGAACUCUCCGCCGACCUCUUCGGUCAAGCACGAGCUCUCGCAGAUGCGUCAAACGUCCUGUCAUAUUUCGCCGGCACGGGGGAUAUCGUCGGCCGCUCGUUUGAAGAUCUGGUCCUCUCCAGUGCCCACAUCGACUGGCCUCUGAUGGUUGGCUUCGUGGUUAUUGUGAUGGCGAUCGGUCUCAUCGCUGGGUUGUUCGUCCCGAAACUACCAUUGGGGGUACCACGACGAGGAUUCCAUGUAUACUCGUGGCUGGCGGCCUUCCAAGGCGGAGAAAUCGCGGCCGAUAUCCAACGCGCCGGGCUGGAGAAAAACAUGGAACUGCGUGAAAUCGAACAGAGAUUAGGCGACAUUCGGUUCAGAUAUGUAGUUUAG